AACCGUGAUAUAUCUGAUAGAUCAAUGCUUACUACACUUUGAUAAAUUUCAAAAAUCGAAAAAUAAUUAAUUACAGAACAAUUUUAAAUAUAUCAUAAAAAAAUCGAGUAUCACUUAAAAUCUAUCGUUAAUUUAAUAAUACGUAGAUACUUAAGGAUUUUUUUUACAGAUACUCGUCCUAUACGUUUUUAGGAUGAUUGUUCAAAACUCUCAAUAUACCGGUGGACGGAUCCUCAAAUAUCUGAAGCACAUAACCUACUUAAACAUUUAAAAUUUUCUGAACAAUCAUUCAAAAAACUCACAGAACACCAAGGGAUAAUAUAAUAGAUUAUUUUGGACCAUCAAUAUUAUCUAAGUUUAAUUACACAGAACUAAUACAUUUUUAUGGACAACAUAUCCUGAUCUACGUACCUAUCUAUAGUAUUGGACAUUAAGACCUACAUAUAAGAUUUUUUUACACUUAAGUUCUACUUAUGUUCUAACAUUAGCACAUUUAAUAAUUAGCACAACAUUUCCAAAUAUGGCAUCCAAAAUUGUGCAUAUUUUUUAGUGCGCUUAAAAUUUUAAAUUAUGCGAAUGUGUCGGAAUCAUCCUUUUCAAGACUAUAUUUAAAUUAUAUUUUACAAGAUAUCUUCUAUACAGGGUAUAACUCAAUUGCAUGUAUAUAUUAAAAGUGACACUUAUAUAAGUGCAAAUAAUAAUUGAAGACACUUUUGGAUAGUUCACCAUAUAAUAUAGACCCUUUAACAAUUUGAAUUGUAUGUACCUCGGCCCUUUAUGCACUUGUAUCUUCAAUUAUAAUAAAAUUUGAUAAUUUAGUUGAAAUAUGGUUAAAGUAACUCUUAUAGAAAGUCCCAAUACAUUCAAUUUUAUUCUCAGAGGUGCUGACUGAGGUGACUUAAUUUUUGCACAUGAUCUCUGCCAACUUCAGUGGCGAAAGGCGAAUGUCUUUCGUAUCUGAGGUGGGGAGAGUCGGUUGCCCUGCAUCACUCAUGCCUCAUAAGGCACAUUGUGCAUCGUUCAGCUCGUCUAAAAUCCUGCUGGUUGACAACGUCAACUGGUGGACUUCUAUCACCCCGUAUACAUAAUGGUAUUAUUCAAAAUAACAUUUUUGCAUAUUCUGGGAGAGUUUAAAUAAUACUUUGAUUUAAUAUCUACAUGUAUUUCAAUAAUACCCUGUAUAGUCGCUUUUAUUAACUUCCUAAUUAUGUUAACAACGUCGUAUCAUUUAAGAGUUGGAAGAGUGUAUAUAAAAUAAAGAUAAAUUUGAUAAAAUCUUGACACCCAAACAUUCAGCAAUUUAUUAAUUUUUCCGAUUCAGACCUAUAUUAUUUUUUGUUAUUACUCUUGUUUUUCGUGCAAUAUUUAUACUUUUAAUAUAUUUAACAAAAUAGACUAAUUUUUAAUGUAAAUCACAUUUUAGACUUUUUUUAAGCAAUGCCUUAUUUGGAGUUUAGCUUAGAAUAACUAUGAUACAUGCUUUUUCAGGAAUUUCAGUCAAAUUCGAUAAAAGACACUAACUUUACCGUUUGUCAAUAUAAAUAAUACUAUUCCUGAAACAGAGUACUUGCUAAAUAUUUAUAUACAUUCAUGUUGAUUUUAUACCGAGAAGCUCGUACUUACAAUAAAUAUGUGUAACUACAACAAUAUAAAUAUCUGUAUGAGUUUAAUAUUACUAAUUUACAAAAAUUAUAUAGAAUUUUGAGUUUUACAGGAUGUCUAAAAAGAAUUAAUAUUAUUUGAAAGAUUUGCGUUUUCAAUUACUAUCAAAAAUUUGAUGUAUUUUACUUUUUAUACGCAAUUAUACCCGCAUCUGUUCUAAAUUUAUUUCAAUACCUCGCACAACCAAAUUUACGGCAUUUUUAAAUAACACGGUAUUAUAAAAAUAUUUCUACUUGUCUAAUAGAACUAGACACCCUGCUGUAUAGCAUUCCCGUACAUCAGAAUGAAGAAAUUGGUUUAGAACUGAUUAUUUCUACAAUCGAGGUCUGUUGAGUUCAACUUUAGAUUCAACUUAGAACAUUAUCGUUUUCCUAAUUUUACAUCGCAUUUGCUAAAAUCACUAUAAAGUUGCAGGUUUCAAUUUCUAACCGAAUUAUUACCAAACUUCUUCAAAUAUAGGAUAUUUAAGGAUAACUACUAUAUAGGUACGUUUAAUAAAUAAAUUCCGACUACUUUCAAUUUAUCUAAACAUUAAAUUACCACUUUUGUUCAGUCUCCCGUGGUUACUUCUCGUAUAACCAGAUGUGGUGGUAGUAUAACGAGUGAAUUACCAGGUUUUAUGUAGUCUUAUUUAAGUUUACGAGCAGUUUUAUCCAUAAGUACAUUUAGUCCAGUAACUGAAGGGUCAAACCUGAGGAAAAUUCGCCGAUGAGUUCCCACAUAGCGCAAUUCGUAGGUCAUCGUAGGUGUUUUUAAACGAGAAAAUCCUUAACGCGUUCUUGGUAUCGGAAGGGGCUGAAAAUGGACCCCUAAAACCUGGAAAAUGGGUUUCCCGCUAAUAUCUGACUGAAUAUGCCAAUUAGAGAAUUUUUGUUCAGACAAAAAAUGAAGAUCAGCUCAUUAUCUACAAAAAUGGCCCUUAGUUUUCGAGAUAAUGGCACUGAAAAGUCCCCUCAUUUCAGCUGCUGCUCUACCUGCAGGCAUUCCGCUUUCUAUGAAUUAACGUGUAAGCGGGCGGACGAAUUGUUCCAUAUCUCGGGAAAAAAAUUGAUAUUUUUUAAUGAUUCAAAGUUCAUUGCAAUGGGAAAGCCCGUAGCUACAAUUCCAUGUGACUUGAAGUCAGUUCGUGUUUGCCAAACAUAUUUUUAAAAGCGGUCAAAGUUUUUUUCAACAAUAUUUAGAGACUGCUUCAUUAAUUUAUUCAUAUUUUCUUUAAAAAUAGUCUUGAAUGAUCUCAGAAAUUUUUUUGUAAUAUUUUUUUUUGGGUUUUAAUAUAAAAUUGAUUUGUUUAUUUACAUGUUUUAGCCGAUUUCGGAGUUCCAUAGAAUCUUCGGAACAAGCGCGAGUUAUAAUCUUAUGAUCCGUUAUAUUGAUUUCCAAUGAACAUCAUUUUAAAGCUUAGAUGGUCUACUUUUCGAAUAUAUUUUUUUAUUUUCAAUAAAGUCUAAUAAUUUUAAAGAAAUGAGGAAAAUUGAUCACACGAGUGAAAACCGGCCUUUUUUUGUUUAACCAUUUCUUGUUCCCCGCUCUUUAUUUUCAAUCCCCAUAUCCGUUCUUGGUUCUAAAACGGUUGUUACAAUUAUAUACUUCAUUUUUACGCUCCCCCUCCGAGAUCCAUGAUAUUGUACAUACCUAACCUAACCUCGUGUACCCACGCGGCGAUAAUUGUCUGCAUGUGUUUGUAUACUAUCUAUGUUUUGGAGUCGUCGGCUUGACCGGAUUAUUGAUGUACUGAUGAUAUUUAUUCAUUAUUUAUUUUGAAUUAUUUAUUUAAAAUAAAAUAAAUAUUUUUCAUUAAAUUAAUUCAGUUAUAAAAAACAGAAGAAGUGUUUAAAGUGAGAAAUUUCCACGUUAUACCUUUUUUGUUGGAAGCAGAAAAUAAGGUUUGUUUUAUUUUGCCUCAACUUUACUUGGUGUAAUUGUUCUAACGGUUGGAUCAUCUAUUUUUUGGUAGCUCUUGGUGUUGUUGAAAUGGAAGCGGAUUCCGUUCCCAGAAUGCUUUCUUUGUAAGGAGGGUGUUGUGGAUGACGGUGUAAAUGUUACUAGUGGUUUAGAAAAUUUGAUUCGAGUGAGCAAGGAGAGAUGCGAUAAUUUCCACCUAUUUUUCCAGAAACAAUCCUCUGUACGAAUGCACAACAAGUGUAGGGACCGCUAUAUUAUUAAAUCUCGAGGCAAGUUCGCGUACAACGAGUUUGACAAGCACUCUUCAAGACGGUUGGACCAUUUAACGAGCCCGAAGAGACAAAAGAAGCGAUCCCAUAGUGGCUUUGACUUCAAAAACAAUUGUUUGUUUUGUCAGUUACCUGCUUCGAUAGAAAAGGAGAAAAGAAAGAGCAGUUUGGUAAAGAAGCAUACCAUCGUACUUGUUUCGAACACAGAAUUCAAGACCACACUUCUGAAACAGAACACAGUUUAUAUUGAUAUAGAAAAGUAUAAAGCGACGCUAGAAAUAAUUUCUGGGAUCGACCUCACAGUUGUUGGUGCAAGAUAUCAUGAAGUCUGUCGACUGGCAUUCUAUCAAUUGUCUGAAAAAGCUUCUGGUAAGGCUAAACCGAAGGGACGGCCCAAGGACUCAGAUAUUUCAGCACAGAUUGAGAGAAUUGCUGCUAAUAUUAUGGAAACUGGGGGAAGAAAUGUACACCAUGGCAGAGUUGACCAAAAUUGGAGGUAUUUAUCAUUAUUAACCAGUUACAUGAUCUGGAAGUAACAAAAAUAUUAUUCGGUCAUUGGUAGUGUUUAAAAAGUAAAGAGAAGUGAAGUGACAAUGGUUCAUAUGGAUUACCGAAUGAUAAUAAAAUAAAUAAGUAAACUGUUGUUCAGUUUUUGGUACUUUAACCGUCUUAAGAACGGCACACAAUAGCCUCACAAUAGCUCUUGUGGUGAGCUCUUUCGCCGCCAAAUGGAAGGUGUAAGCCAGUUUCAGCAUUGAAAUGAAUUCGGUUCCCAUUGGAGCCGCUUUUUUCACUGUUCCCAAGGUGCUGUUGCAAGUUUUGCAGUACAAAUUGCUGUUAGACUUUUAGACGCUCAGACGGUGACUGCAAAGAAUCAAGUAUUGUUCCAAACCUUACAGCUGCACUUGGGGAACUGUGAAAAAUGACACUUAAAUUUACGCCAGAUUCAUCGCAAAGAAAUAAAGUUAUAUUCCCGGAAGAAUUAGAGGUGGAAGUAGACAUAGAGGUAGAAGAAGAGACAGAAGGGUUGCAAAGCAAGGCGGCAGAAAUACAGCUGGAGGAAGAGAGAGACAGGACGACAGGGGGAAGGGUAGAAAUGGAACAAGAGGGAGUAGGCGACGAGAAUACCGUUGACGAUGAAGAAUAUGUAUAUGAUUCUGAUGACUUGGAGUGAUUGACCACACCCUAGGUGUUAUGUUAUGUUGUUAUGUAUGUUUUAUAUCCAACCAAUUCUUCCAAAUAAAUGUAAUUUUUCAAAGACUUGCGUAUUUUUUCCGAAACCCUGCACCCAUACUAUUCCGAAAAAAGUUUGCAAAAAAUCGCAAAAAUGCGAAAAAUAUAUAAAAUGGUUGUAUGGUGAAUAUUCACCACGCUCUAAAAGUUGUCAUUUGCUUUUAGCCAAAACAACGGGAUUCAAGACCUUGGCACAAGGAAAAAUAAAUUUUUGCAAUUUUCUGGUAAAUUUGCAACUCAAAUUGCACAGAACAUUCGCUAAUACAAUUGAGAAAAACCUACUUUGCAGAAAAAAAUCAGGUGAAUAAUCGAUUAUUUCAGAGAUUUUUAUUUACGGACUCCGUAAUUUAGCGAGAAGAGCAAAGGUGCUGGCGUCAUCUGCAAUUGGUCUCUAAAGUCCAAAAGAUGAAGAUCAAUGUAUUUCCAACCCCAUCGAGCGGAAAUUCGGCAAGAAACUACCAUAUCUAUUCAAUAUGAAAAUUAUGGAUUUUUCGAAGUCUGAUUUUGCAAAAAAUAUUGGCAUUGUGAACAAAUUGGUAGGGAUUAUUUUUGUAGAGAAUGAGCUAAUCUUCAUUUUUUGUCUGAACAAAAAUUCUCUAAUUGGCAUAUUUAGCCAGAUAUUAGCGGAAACCCCUUUUUCAGAGCUUAGGAGUCCAUUUUCAGCCCCUUCCGGUACCAAGAACGCGUUAAGGAUUUUCUCAUUUAAAAACACCUGCGAUGACCUACAAAUUGAGCUAUGUGGGAACUCAUCAGCGAUUUUUUUACAGCUUUCGAUCAUUUUCAGUCCUUCACAUACUGGACUAAUUGUUAUUUUUUAUAGUACCUAAUUCAGCUUGUGAUUUUAGACUGUUUCUUCAUUGUUUCCUACCUUCUAUCCUGUCAGAAAUCUAGCGUUAUUUUCGGUCAACUUGUGCAACCAUGUCAUGCAUAUUUUUAUUAUUUUUUAGGCGACAGCCACAAAAAAAUAACAUUUUACCGAUUUAGUAACAUCCUUACAGUAUAACUGUUUUGGCCGCAUUUUAUUUAUUACUUAACAAAAAAUUGAAACUUUUCUUUUGACGAGACAUUCGCUUAAAAAAUAUUGUGUGCACCUCGGCCGUAUGUUCUUUUUUGGCUUAAUCAGAAGUUGCUUGGACUCAAUCGCAAAAUUUUAUUCAGACAAAAGAGAUCAAAUUUACGACCUUGGUACACAAAUAACUAUUGUUGUGUAUUUUUCUGUAUUCAUUGUCUGUUGUUAACAGAUUAGUACUAGUACUAUACCUGAUACAUAUAUAUUUUUUUAAAUAUUUCAAUAUGUUGGUUAUGAAAACGGUGUUUAUGAAUGAUAAAAGAUAACGAAUUAUACUACCAUAACUGGAUUGUUAAUAUUACACAUUAAUUUUAAGACCUAAUUACCUUCAAAUUUACAUAAUAAUACUUUUCCGAGGAUCACUUCUAAAAUCGUAUAAAAAGUUUAAAUUAUUGUAAAAAGCAUUUUUAUUCUAGUUACUAAUUUUUGAGUGAAAGAACUUUUAGAAUGUUGAUUAGUUUAGUAAAGCCAAUUUAUUGUGAUAGAUAUGUUCGAUAUAUAAUUUCAAUUUUUGUAAUCAAUUAAGUGUGAAGAAUGAGAUGCGCCUAUAUAAAUAAUGUCGAAAACUUUUAUUUGAUUCUCAACAACUCAUGAGUAUUUGGAUUUUAGAUUAUCAUUAUAUUUAUGAAUACUAAAUUUGGUAAAUCAAAUCAAAGUGUGAAGUCUGUAUUUACAGGUUUAGAGAAUAUACUUGUAAAUAUUCUUAUUAUGCCAGGUAAGUUUCUAGUAGUUAUAAAUGUUUUAUAACUAUUGUAUAAUCGUGGAAUAUACAAUAAAUGUUAAACUUAAAAGUUCAAAGGUAAUACCUUAAAUAUCCAAAGUUUUAUUUUAGUUAAGGGCUCAAACUUUGUUAAAUUUAAUUUGAACUUGUAAGUUUUAAAUAUUAUAUUGGUGUUUCAAUCAUGAUUUUAAAAUUAAUGCAUUUAUUGUAUAAUUUAAAGACAUUAAAGUGAUGUAAAUGUCUGAAAAACUAAAUUAUAUUUUUGAUCAGUAUUUUGGAAAGUCUAUAUUCGGUAUUUUAAAUUGGCAUGGCAGAGUAAAUCGUUUUUAAUAUUAGGUAUGUAAUAUUCUUAAUCUAAGAAUAAAUUAUUAUAAAUAACCCUUUUUGGCUUUUUCGUAUACAAAUAGAUAUUUUUUAAUCAAUAUUUUUGUUAGUAGCAGUUAUUUUAUAAUUGUAAUUUUUAAGUCAACGCUUAAUGUGUAUCACAGAAAUUUUGUUUAAGUACCAUAUUACAUUUUGGUUACGUUAUUUAUAUAUUUUAGAGUGUGUACUUUUUGCCAAUUGGUUCAUUAUAUCAUAUAUGUAUUUGAAAUUUAUCAAACCAAUUGGUUAAGUAGCUUUCAGUACGGUUUAGACAUUAAAAUAGUAUUUAUUUAUUUGUAAACUUAAUAAAAAUGAAAAUAAGUUGAAAUAUUUAAGAACAAAUAAUGUGAAUAUUUCAACCUACUUAUAAUAGGUUCUUAAUUUUUAAAUCCCGACUGGCAGUUAUGACUAGUCUAAUUCCUUCUAUUGUUCAAAAGAUCCACGAUAACAAGUGGUAUUUCUGCAAAUUAAAUAAUAAGAGUUACAUCAAAAUAAGGGAGGCAUUAUACAGAAUGAAUACUAGGCUUCAACAUUAACGAAUCUUUAAAAUUUAUAAUAUUAAUAUCGAGAAUGCAAAUAAUUAUUGUUAAAACCUAAUCUCAUUCUAUACAGGGUGUAACAAAAAGGUAGACCAUAAAUUAUGUCAGAUAUUCUGUAGUCAAAAGUGUACACAAAAAGAGUUAUAACCUUUUGAAGUUACAAAUUGAAUAUUUAUUUUUCCAAUAUCUCGGAAAGUGUUGAAAAAAUUUGGCAUGAAAAAAAGACAUAUAUGGUCUGCUUAAGCUUUUCAGAAGGGACACCAAAUACAACACCAUGUAAUAAUAAAAUCUAUAGUCAGCUGAAUUCAGUAGCGCAUCCAAAGUCGGUAGUCUGGGGGCGGGUAGUGGUUAUAUAUAAAAGACCUUAUUUUUGAUAAUAAUACAUUAGUAGGAGAUAGGUAAUUACCUCCAUUCCCCUUCCUGGCUGAAUUGAGGUGGCUUUGUAGCCUACACAGGGCAACGCACAACAGAGCCGUCUACUUUAUCAUUCCAAAACUAGCAGAUAUGUAAACAAAUCAUGGUAGGUACGCAGGUGCGUUUGUAUCUGCGUGUGUUUUUAAUUAUUUAGUGUGUUAGAGUUUGUAAUAUUGCCUGUGUAUUGUUUUUGGUAUGUACAAAGGUUGCUUUUUGAAAUGACAGCUGUUGUAUUACUGCAUCUGCAUACCUUCCUUCCGAUGCAACCACGCCACCACCCAGUAGGAUCUGAUUGCAUACUGCCUGGAACAGAAGUUUGAGCUGGUAAUAGGUUGCGACUCAAACGCUCAUGACUUCAGUUGGGGCAGUAAGGAUAAAAACGCUAGAGGUAAGUCACUUUAUGAUUAUAUAAUUACCAAAACUCUUGGUAUUUUAAAUAAAGGUACUACACCAACAUUUUAAACUUUCGCAGUUAAACAUUAAUAGAUAUCACUUUAUCCACAACUGCUUUUGAUAAAACCACCUCCUCAAAGAUAAUACACACACCAACCAACAGAAAUGUUCCAAAAAUGAUUAGUAGGUGGAUACAUAACAUGCUCUCAAAGCGAGCAGUAAACAUAAGUGUAGAAGAUGUGAAUAUAAGAGGCUUGGUUGCGAGGGAAUGUCCACAGGGAGGGGUGCUAUCACCUCUACUGUGGAAUAUGGUCCUCGACACCCUCUUCAGCCACCUCAAUAAUGACAGUCACUGCACAAUAGCAUAUGCAGACGACCUGGUCAUUCUGCAAACAGGGAAUUUUGAGAACAUACUAUGCGAAAGAAUGCAUAAGUAGCUCUAAAAAUUAUAGAACAGUGGUGCAAAGACUGUCUAUCAAUCCUAAGAAGACAGAAGUGAUCCUUUUCACAAGGAAAAGGAUGAAAAUGGAAUUAAAAUCUCCAGAACUCCUAAACUUUGCAACAGAGGGAAGUACCCAGGUCUCACCUUUGACAGCAAGUUAACAUGGAACUCGCAUUUAGAAAAUAGAGGUAAAAAAGCAUACAUUGCUUAUGAACAAUGCCGCCGAACCGUAGGGCGCACCUGGGGUUUCUCCCCAGAGUUCUCGCAUUGACUUACACAGCUAUCAUAAGACCUAUGCUAACAUACGGUGCAGUUGUCGGUACCGAAAGCCCAAAAAUUAACAGCUAUCCAUAAACUAGAACAAAUCAAAAGAACAGUAUGUCUCAACACAACAGGAGCCAUGGAAACAACACCGACCAGAGCCAGGAAGUCAUUUUUAGUCUCACUCCCCUUGAUAUUUACAUCAAGAGGAGGUUACUCUGACAACAAUGACACGCCUCCGCACGGUUGGAAUAGAACCUGAUGUAGGAUUUGGUGAGGCGAGACGUCGUUUUUGACAGGAGGCGCUCGAUACGCUCUCACUGUUUCAAGCGAACAUGGACUCCAUCUCACCAAGAUAUAUCUUCUAUAAGCCAUAUAAAGUUAUCAUAGUGGCAGGUACGAUUCAUAUCUACACCGACGGUUCUAAAACAAAACAAGGCUCAGGAUGUGGAAUAUACUCCAGAUUCUUAAACCUAAACAUAAAAUGGGCUGUGAGCAAUGGUGCCAGUGUACUUCAAACAGAGCUAACGAGGAUUCUCAUAGCAGAAAAAGAAAUAACCAGAAACAAUAUCACUGGAAAGAAUAUGCUCAUCUAUACAGAUAGCAGACAAGCACUACUCCCCCUGAACAGACUACGAAUUUACUCAGAGUUAGUACUAGAAUUUCACGAAGCUUCGGAUCAAAGGUCACGCCACAUCGAAAGAAAAUCGUCUUGCUGAUUCACUAGCCAAGAAAGCAGCCAACCAAAUACUUUUUGGACUUGGCCCUUCUAUUGGCCUGAAAAAAUCGGUAGUGACAUACCUAAUUAAAGAACAUUCCCUUGUGAAAUUCAAGGAAAGAUGGGAUGAAACAAGAAACUGCAGAGUUGCCAGGGAGCUCUUAAGUUAUCUUGACAACACUGCAACAAAGAAACACUUGACUAUGACAAGACAGAAUCUGCGCCUAGUCACAGGCAUUCUGACUGGUCAUUGCCAAGUACGGAAGCAUCUUCAUAUCAUGGGGUUGUCAGAAUCCGCACUCUGCAGAGGGUGCGAACAAGAAGAUGAGACCAUCGAGCAUAUCCUUUACUCGAAGCUCUCAUUUAUUAGAAGAUUUGUGUUUGGCGAGUAUCGGCUAACACCGGCCGAUAUAAGAGAAGCACCUCUUGGCGACGUUGUCAACUACAUUAAAUCUGUAGGCUGGCUCACGAGCUAGGAGGUGACUAUCAUCUUAGGAGGAUGCAUAAUGGGCCUUAUGAGGCCUAAGUGCCGUGGGGGUAACCCACCCUCCACAAGUUACAGAUAUUGCUGCAAGUUUUUGAAUAAAAGUAUGUCCCUACACAAGGACAAAUGUACUUAUAUUAGUAGAAAAACGAACAAGAUAGUCAUUGACGGAAGAGUCAGGAUAUUGAUUAAAGACAUAUUAAAGUUGUCAGAAAAUGAAUUGUCCGAUAUCGAUAUGUUAACUGAUGAUGGAGAAUGGGCAUAUCAAAAAAUUGAUGAUUUUAUAAACGAUAUGCAUACGGAUAACAUAGAGAGUGAUAAUAAUGCUGAAUAUGCUAAAUAUACUGAAUAUGCUGAUUUAUAAACAUUUAUUUUUGUCAAAAAAUUAUAUCAAUCAAUUUUUUGUGACUAAUUAUUAAAAACUUUUCUAAAAAGUUCCAAGGACCAAAAGAUAUUCAAAAUGAAUGCAUUAAAGCAACGGUGGUACGAGAAUAACCUAUUUAUGAUGUAUAUAAAAGUUUGAGGGGUCUAGUUAAUCACAAUUCCCCUAAAAUUUGAUUGGGUGCAUUGUUUUCGUAUUUUUUUAAAGUUGCUUUUAUACUUAUUUUCAUGACAAAUUGUUAAUCAGAUUCCGAGUUAUU